UAUGGUAAUCGAGAGAAGCUAGGUUGAGAAAGAACAACAUGAUAGAAAAUGUAGAGAGAAUUGAUAAUGUCUCUGAUAUAUUUCUUUAGAUUACAAUGCACCCUUUUAUAGUGUAAGGGUGAAUCAAAUGUCAAACUACAAUCUCUUAAAAUCAAAUACAAUCUCUUAAAAUCAAAAGCUAAAGAUUUUAUCGUUGAAUUAUUAUUCAUGAUCUUUGAAUAAUAAUCUUUGACUUAUGCAGAUGGUUAUUUUCAACACUCCCCCUCAAGUUGAGUAAUGGCAUUUCCGAUACUUAACUUGUCCAGAACUUCUCUGAAGACUUUUGUGUUUACAGCCUUAGUCAAUAUGUCAGCCAACUGUUCAUCCGAUCGUAUGAAAGGAAGUUCAAUGAUCCCACUAUCGAGCUUCUCUUUGAUGAAAUGCCGAUCGAUCUCCACGUGUUUGGUUCUGUCGUGUUGUACGGGAUUUUCAGAUAUACUAAUCGCAGCUUUAUUGUCACAGAAGAGCCGACUUCCCCUUCUUGGAGGAAAGCCAAUCUCUGGCCACUACUUUCUGUUUUUUGCUUCUCCAUGUGACCAAGUUUCCUCCAACGAAGGUAAAAUAUCCGGCGGUAGAUUUCCUAUCAUUUGGGUUACUGGCCCAAUCUGCGUCUGUAAACCCGUCAACUUCCAAAUCUUCCUUUUUUUCAAGCAAAAUCCCAUAAUCAGUGGUUCCUUUCAGAUACCGGACAAUUCUCAAAGCUGCCUCCAUAUGCUCCUUCUGGGGUUUGUGCAUAAACUGACUUACUAUUCCAACUGCAUAUGUGAUGUCGGGCCGUGUAUGGGAGAGAUAGAUGAGUUUCCCAACAAGGCGCUGGUUUACACUCGAGUAGCCCAGUUUCUGCAAGUAAGUCAAGGACAUACUUUCUUUGUCUCAGGAAGAUUCCCCUUUUCGACCUUAAAAUCUCAAUUCCAAGGAAGUACUUCAGAGAUCCAAGGUCUUUCAUUUCAAAUUCCAGGAACAAGUUUUUCUUCAGGUUUACUAUCUCUUCAACAUCGUCUCCUGUGAUAAUCAUGUCAUCAACAUAAAUGAUUAAACAUGUUACCUUUCCUUCUCUUCGUUUCACGAAUAAUGUAUGAUCAGAGUUACUCUGUUUAUAGCCAUUU